CUUCAUGCAACCAUCCCUGAAAGUUGAAUCUAUCGAUCUCGCUGAAUCAUCAUCAUCAAGUCUAUGUUUGAACGUCGAAACCUCAAUUGAAGUUUCUACCGAUCAAAUUCCCUCCUCGGAACAUUCAAUGGCACAAGGAAACUCGUUAAAGGAGACACGGGUAGCCGGUUUCGAUUUUCCGCUAACCUGUGAGGAGGACAUUGAUCGACUUGAGCUGAUGGUCCGCAGGAAUCCGCUCAUCCGGAAUCAAUAUAUACGAUAUUUGUCGGCCAAUAAGCCGCCAAAUAUGGAUGUUGGGCAAGUCUUUUAUCGUUUCUUCGAAAAUGAUUCUUUAUCUAACUUUAAUUGGAGUGGUAUUGAACGGGGUGCAACAGCAACAGGCGUCAAAAAGGCAAUGCAACAGUAUGAGAUCUUCAACGCUUGUAUGUUAGAAGCAUGGCAAUCUCACGACGUAACGAUGGCUUCACUGAAAGAACGACUGAAAAGAGCUCUCUUGCUGAUCUCUCGCCGUCGCUAUACUAACGAGUACAACAAACGAAGACAAAUUCAACGGAUGACUCAAGAAAAAUAGAGUCUUUACAUCGCGUCGACGUGUGCUAUUCUGCGACAUUUUGUAUAAGAGAUAUCACUGUCCUGCGUACCAAAAAAUCUUGUCUGGAGUAUACUGCCGUUCUACGCAUAGUUGUCCCAUAUUCCAAAAUCAGCAACUGAGAAAAACGCAAUUCCAUUUUUCUAGCCAAUUUGUUUACCAGAAGCUUUUUUUUUUGAUAAGCAGGAAACUGUUGUUUGUGGUAGAUUUGUUCUUUAUCGCAAAAUACUACACCCGUAGGCUUAUUCAUAACUUUUGAACUACUGGACCGAUUCGGAUGAUCGAUGUGGAAAAUAAAAGCCAAUUACUUAUCCUUUUAAAAAAAAAAAAGAAUUACACUUGGCAAAAAUUUUGAUUUUGUUUUCAUUAUUAUUGAUUGUAGUCAUUUUUUGUUGUUUUCAUUGCUUUGGACUAGAGGGCGAUAUAUUUUUUUAUAUUUUUUC